AUGGUUCAGUCCGCCAUUCUCGGCUUCCCUCGCAUGGGAGUCAACCGUGACCUGAAGAAGGCCACGGAAGCUUACUGGGGAGGCAAGAUUUCUCAGGAUGACCUCCUGGCCGAGGCCAAGAGACUCAGACUCGCCCACUGGAAGAUUCAGAAGGAUGCCGGUGUCGACAUCAUCCCCAGCAACGACUUUGCCCUGUACGACCAGGUCCUGUCUCACAUCCAGGACUUCGGUGCCGUUCCCGAGCGCUAUGCCGGCUCCAAGCUGAACCCCAUCGACGAGUACUUCGCCAUGGGCCGUGGUCACCAGAAGGAUGGUGUCGAUGUUCCCUCGCUGGAGAUGGUGAAGUGGUUCGACUCCAACUACCACUACGUCAAGCCUACUCUGCAGGACAACCAGACCUUCAAGCUGAGUGCCAACCCUAAGGCGGUUGUCGAGUUCCUUGAGGCCAAGGAGGCUGGCAUUGCCACCCGCCCCGUCCUCGUUGGACCCGUCACCUUCCUGCACCUGGGCAAGGCCGACCGUGGCCAGUCCGUCGACCCCAUUGACCUGCUCGACAAGCUCGUGCCCGUCUACGAGGAGCUCCUCACCAAGCUGAAGGAGGCUGGUGCCGAGACCGUCCAGAUCGAUGAGCCCGUGCUCGUCUUCGACCUGCCGUCCAAGGCCAAGGCUGCAUUCAAGCCCACCUACGAGAAGUUCGCCAGCCUUGGUGACAAGAUCCCCAAGCUGGUUUUCACCACCUACUUUGGUGAUAUCGUCCACAACCUAGAGGCUGUCCCCAAGGACGUCUAUGCCGUCCACGUCGACCUGGUCCGCAACCCCGAGCAGCUAGAGACCGUCAUUGGUGCCAUUGGCCCCAAGACUAUCCUCUCCGCCGGUGUCGUUGAUGGACGUAACAUCUGGAAGACCAACUUCAAGCGUGCUAUUGAGACUGUCGAGACUGCCAUCCAGAAACUCGGCAAGGAGCGUGUCAUCGUUGCCACCUCCAGCUCCCUCCUCCACACUCCCCACACUCUGGCCAGCGAGAAGAAGCUAGACCCCGAGAUUGCUGACUGGUUCUCCUUCGCUAGCGAGAAGGCUGUCGAGAUUGCCGUCAUUGCCAAGGCCGUCACUGAGGGCCCUGCCUCCGUCCGUGAGGCUCUUGAGGCCAACGCCAAGUCCGCACAUGCCCGUGCUACCUCCAGCCGCACCAACGACCCCAAGGUCAAGGAGAGGCAAUCCAAGGUCACUGACGCUGACUACAAGCGCAAGUCUGAGUUCCCUGAGAGAAUCUCUCAGCAGCAGAAGAAGCUCAACCUUCCUCUGUUCCCCACCACCACCAUCGGCUCCUUCCCCCAGACCAAGGAGAUCCGUCUCUCCCGAAACAAGCUCACCAAGGGUGAGAUCACUGCUGAGCAGUACGACAAGUUCAUUGAGCAGGAGAUUGAGUCCAACGUCAAGAUCCAGGAGGAGCUUGGCCUGGACGUUUUCGUCCACGGUGAGCCCGAGCGUAACGACAUGGUGCAGUACUUCGGUGAGCGCCUUGACGGCUAUGCCUUCACCACCCAUGCCUGGGUCCAGAGCUACGGCUCUCGUUGCGUCCGUCCCCCCAUCAUCGUGGGUGACAUCUCCCGCCCUGCCCCCAUGACCGUCAAGGAGUCCAAGUACGCCGUGUCUGUCUCCUCCAAGCCCAUGAAGGGCAUGUUGACUGGUCCGGUCACCUGCCUGCGGUGGUCUUUCCCCCGUGACGACGUCCACCAGUCCGUCCAGGCUGAGCAGCUUGCUCUGGCCCUCCGUGACGAGGUCGUCGACCUCGAGAAGGCCGGCAUCGACGUCAUCCAGGUCGAUGAGCCUGCUCUGCGUGAGGGUCUGCCCCUCCGCUCCGGCAAGGAGCGUGAUGCUUACCUUGACUGGGCCGUCAAGGCUUUCAGACUCUCUACUGCCGGUGUUGAGGACUCUACCCAGAUUCACUCUCACUUCUGCUACUCCGAGUUCCAGGACUUCUUCCACGCCAUUGCUGCUCUGGACGCUGAUGUUCUCUCCAUUGAGAACAGCAAGUCUGAUGCUAAGCUCCUGAAGGUCUUCGUCGACUCUGCCUACCCCCGCCACAUCGGCCCUGGUGUCUACGACAUUCACUCCCCUCGUGUUCCCAGCGAGCAGGAGAUCAAGGACCGCAUUGAGGAGAUGCUUCAGUAUCUGAAGCCUGAGCAGCUCUGGAUCGAUCCUGACUGCGGUCUCAAGACCCGCCAGUGGAAGGAGACCAAGGAGGCUCUGGUCAACAUGGUCAACGCCGCCAAGUUCUUCCGCGCCAAAUACGCCAAAUAA